AUGACCGCAGUUGAAAAGAUUAUUCCAGAAUAUUACCGAGAAUGCGUUAUACUUGCGUUGCAAGCGGUUUCUGCAGUUCGAGUUUCAUUACAUUCACCUUUUGAAAGUGCCAGUCAAUCAAUCAAUAGGCUGUCAAAACGAUCACCCGUUGAAUUGGAUGGUGACAUUAGCCGAUGUUUCCGAAUAAAACUCUAUGUUAAUGGAAUCAAUUUGGGUUUACAGGUCAACUCAAUAACUUCCGAUAUAAUCAUACCACUUUCUAGUUCAAGCAACGAUCUAGGUUUGGCUAUACAAAAUACUCCAGGUGGACAGCCCGUUACUAUAAAGUACAAAGGCAAAGAGUAUAAUGGAAUUACUUCCACAGCCGAUGUUACAAUUAUGAGUACCGAAAUAACUGGCGUCAAUUUACCAGUAAUAGAAAUUGAAAAAGAAUCGACGGAUCUGGUUGGUAUUGUUGAGGACUUUGAUGGAGUACUUGGGAUUGGCUAUCUCCCAUUGUCAGAUUAUUAUCCACCAGUCACUGCGAUGGAUGUUUUGUACAAUGGUGGUUUCAUUUCCAAUAACGAGGUUGGUCUUCAACUAUGUCCGUAUGAAAUGUUGCAGGAAAGCUUCAUCAAUAUAGGAAACACGGAAAUAACUCCAAAAUGUGGAACGGAUGGAAAAAGUCUUAUAUGGGUAAACUCACCAUCAGACGAACAUCAUGCUGUCAACAUCAAGAGUAUACUAGUCAAUGGCAAACAAGUGGAUCUGCCCGAGGAAUUCCAGCAAGUUGUGGAAAAUGGACGUAUUUUGUACUCGACUAUACAUACAUGCUAUAUGUAUAUACGUUUCCCUGAAAGAGUCGUGAACGUGCUGAUCAAUUCCAUCCUUGAUAACAGUGCGAUCACUAUCAAAAAAACUAUGCUUAGGGACGACCGCCUUGACAGAAAAAAAAUCAAAAAGAAGUUGCAAAAAAAUCGUCUAAUGCCCAAAUCCAAUUAUAACAUUGAUUGGGACAAAAUGCCAUCGCUUUCAAUCGUGAUGUUUUCUCAAAACCCCGUAACUGAUGAAAAUCGCAACUCCCUUGUAACAAUCAGACUGGGUCCUCGAGAUUAUAUGCAGACAUAUAAUUUUAAAAAUUUUAGAUUUACUGUGACAGCUGGCUCAAAUGAUCAUGCAACUCUUGGUAUUCCAUUUAUGACCCGACUUCUAUUGACAUUUGAUCGACAAAAUAAACGCACUGGGUUCGGUCCUGGAUGUGGAUGCGAAACUAUGGCUGAUGGUUAUCCUAUUAUUUCAAACGGUGAUCAAGUGCUCUGGCCAUUAACACAAUUGAUAUUGAUCAUGAAUUUGAUGGAUACUGUUAGACUGCCUGAACAACCAAGUACUUCAAGUUUAGGUAGAACAUCUACUCUCGAAAGAUCAUUGUCGCGACUUGGUAGCAUUCGCCGUGGUAGUAAGCGGUCAAAAGUUAGUUACGAGAAAUUUGAGGGCUGA